AAAUUUACAAAUUUCUUAGUAUCCAAAUUUCUCCGCGGCAACAGGACCCUUUGGCACCGCAACCCAUCUCCUCCCUUCGCUCCCCCAGCGCCCGCCGCUCUCCACGCGGUCGGCCCGUGCGCCGCCCUCCACGCUCCCCUGCCCAGCUGCAGCUCCAGUCCGGCUGCUGCGGCAGCACCCUCCCUUCCCACGACGUCUCUGUUCUUUCUCUCGGCCUCGGUCUUCCUUUCCUAGCGGCGACGACCGGGCAAGUUGCGCUGCCCGUUGUUCGUCAAGCGACGGACGCUUCGCCGGCGGCGAACAUCCGACACGGGCCGUCACUGCUACUUUGGGUGCCAGUGCAAUGCCCGGUGGAUCUUCAGCUGCUGAUGGUGAUGUGGAGGCAGGGUUUGCAAAGCUCCAGGGCGAAGAUUUCGAGUACUACAUGCAGACAUAUUCAAUCAUGCUGGGCCGCAACAGCAAGAAAUCGACAGUGGAUGUGGAUCUCUCGAGCCUCGGCGGGGGUAUGAACAUCUCCCGCCACCAUGCCCGGAUAUUCUACGAUUUCCAGCGUCGUCGAUUCGCCCUCGACGUUAUUGGCAAGAAUGGAUGCCUUGUUGAGGGUGUUCUGCACCUCCCUGGAAACCCACCUGUUAAGCUUGAUUCGCAGGAUCUGCUGCAGAUUGGGGACAAAAAGUUUUACUUUCUGCUGCCGACGCGAUCCAUCUUCGCCUCAGCAGCUGCUGCUCGACAUGCUCCCAUUAUUCCUCCACCUCUCCCGCCACCAUCAUAUGCACGUCCAGGCCGCCCUCGUUUGUCUGAUUUUCACGACCGCUCCUUUGAAGGUGAUUAUGGCAGGGAGGUGGAUGACAUUGGUACUGGUAUCAGUGAAAGUGGGGUGAGGGGAAAGUUGAUAAAGAGAAACAAGAAGUCCUCUGGAGAGUUGGACAUCUAUGGUGGGCACCGAAUCAAUGUUGAAGCAAUAGGAACGCUAGGUGAAGACAUAUCAGAAAUAAGAUCAAGGGGUGACAGGGAUAUUGACAAUCAACAAAUCCUUCAAGCAGAAGAGAAGGAGGUCGUGUCAUCUGUUGCCACAGUGUUAUCUGACCUCUGCGGUCCUGGAGAAUGGAUGCCCAUGGCAAAACUCCAUACAGAGCUUCUUGAACAGUUUGGCAACGUGUGGCACCCCAGCAGGGUCCGAAAGUACCUAACAACAGAUGACUGGUCACCAACGGAGACGAAGGGCAGGCCUUGGUUUGGCCUUCUGGCCCUGCUCAGAAAGUACCCAGAGCAUUUUGUCAUCAACACAAGAUCGAAAGGCAGAGUGACCUCGGAGUUUGUUUCGCUGGUCUCCUUGCUCUCCUAGAGGGAACGAGGAAAUAACAGCCAUGCCUGCUCCGUUUCAGUCUGUUCAGAAGGUCUCACAUUUGCCUCCUAUGUUUUGAACCCUGUGUACGGUAUUAAUUGUGUUUGAACAGCCCUAAUGACUGGAUCAUGAUCAUAUCUGUACUGUUGACUUGUAUGUAUUAUGAAAGCAUGAGUUUUAACCAAUGCUAGCAACUUAGCACCA